AUGUCAGAACGUAAGGUCCUGAACAAGUACUUCCCACCGAACUUCGAUCCUUCACAGAUCCCAAGGCAAAAAAAGCCAAAAGAUCUACAACACAAAGUUCGUCUUAUGGCACCAUUUUCCAUGAGAUGCAACACUUGUGGUGAAUAUAUUUACAAAGGAAAAAAGUUCAACGCUCGAAAAGAAACGGUAGAAGGAGAAUCGUACUUGAACAUUAAGAUUUUCCGAUUCUACAUUCGAUGCACUCGAUGCUCCGCCGAAAUCACCUUCAAGACCGAUCCCCAAAACACAGAUUACGUAGCUGAAAAUGGUGUCAGUCGUAACUUUGAACCAUGGAGAGACGAAGGAGCGGAAAGUGAAGAGCUAAGAAAACAACAAGAAGAAGAGGAGGAAUACGACCCUAUGAAGGCACUGGAAAAUCGAACACUCGACUCCAAACGGGAGAUGGAUAUUCUUGACGCCUUGGACGAAAUACGAACGCGGAAUGCGAGAUCUGAGCGAGUG